AUGUGCAAUGCCACACCAGUCGCCGAAAAAAUUACUAGGACAGCGCAGUCGGGCUGGGCACCGUCGGAUGAUCUGAAAUGUAAAAAGAUGCUGAGGAUGGAUCACUUCCAACAAUAUGCCGGUCGCACCCGAAAACAUCCAUCUACUGAGCGGAAAGAGGGCGAGUUUUACCCAAAUGAUAAGGCUGGAACGAAGGAGACUGCUGAACGAUUUAGGGCACACCUCCGCGACCAGCAGCCAUUCCAUUGGAAUAGUCUUUUUGCAGAAGACGCAAAGCUCUGCGAGAACGGAUCAAUAGUCGAUCCAAUCAGUUUCAUUACACGUCUUGCGAGCGGCGACUACGUGCCCACGGGGCCUAUAGUAUCAGGUAACUGGGAACACUAUGUGGAGAUUGCUCGGGAAUUUGUGAUUUAA